GCGCACUCAUCCGGUAUGAGAGCGAGGCAGCGCUAUGAUCCCGUCUCGCUCCCACACCAGAACCGCGUCCAAUGUCCAGCCAGACCGCCUGAAGGGUACACUUUGCCGACUUCGACGUUCACAAUCAAGAUGAAAUUCGCCAUCAUAUUCGUUGCCAUCGUGGCCGUAGCCUGCGCAGGGCUACAAAAGCCCUUGGACUCCAACAUGGCAGAGUUGGAAGCCAUCGUUGCCGCCAUCCAGAGCCCCAGCACCGACCCCGCCACCGCCGCGCUGCUCGAACAGCAACUGGCUGAUCUGCUGGCUGAAUUCUUCCCCCAGCCUGAACCUAUCUUCGUUGAAGAGCCGUCUCCGGUCCAUGUUGGGCUCCCUAUCCUCGACUUCCCUCUUCCUGAUGGCGGCGCCGUGAGCCCCGUGCAGCCUGAAGCCCCGGCUCUCGUGCCCGCUCCUAUCGUCAACCCCACUCCCGCCGCCGUCGCUGAGGCCGCCGCUCCCUUAGUUCAGAUCAUCCUGAACAUCAACCAAGCCAGCUCGGGCGCCGCGCCCGUGGCCCCCGCUCCUGUCGAGACCCCCGUCAUCGACGUCCAGCCCGUACAGGUCGUCGACGAGGCUGUGAACGAGGAGACCUUCGUGCCCACCCCCGUGGUGGUCGUGGACUCCGCCCCCGAGCCCGUGCAGGUUGUGGACGUGGUCCCCGCGCCCGCGCCCGAGGUAGAGCCCAUUCAGAUCGGCAGCCCCAUUAUUCCCAUCCCUGUCGUCAACAUCCCCAUCGACCUCAACUCAGAAACCAUGAAACUCCUUCUGACUGUUGUGGCCCUCGCGGCCUUCGCCCACGGCGCUCCCACCUCCUCCCAGACCAUGGAGAUCGGCGCCAACGGCGUGUCUGGCAGCGUCCUGAACAUCCCCCUCGUCGAGAUCAUCGUCAACAUGAUCAAAAACGAAGCCGCUGUAGUCCCCGGGACUGUCAACGAGCCUGUUCUUGAAGCCGAGCCCGUCUUAGUUGUGGAUGAAGCUCAACUCCCCACGCCUGUGAUCGUCGUGGACCAGCCCGAGGUUAAUCCCAUUGACGUUAUCUCUGUCAACCCUAUGCCCGCGCCAGCGCCUGUUGAGGAAAACCCGAUUCCUGAGCCUGUUGUACUGCCUGCACCUGCCCCCGCUGAGGUAGUGCCUGGGCCUGUUGUGCCUGAGCCUGUUGUACUCCCUGAGCCUGCCCCCGCUGAGGUAGUGCCUGAGCCUGUCGUACUCCCUGAGCCUGCCCCAGCUGAGGUAGUGCCUAAUCCUACCCCAGUGGAAGUCGCGCCUACGCCCGCCGAGGUCGUCGAGGUCCCAGCCCCUGAUGCCGGGGCCGCUGAAGGCAGCAGCCAGAUCAUCAAUGUGAUGCUGAACUUCAUCUUCGGCGCGAGCGGCUCUCUGUCCUCGGUCGAGGUGCCUGCUAACAUCAUCCCCCAGGUGAUUGGCGCUCCCCGUGUCUAAUGUUUAAACUAUAAUUAGUUUAUAUCGCAUUUAUGAUGAAAAUAAUUAAAUAAUAAAAAUAAACUCUUUUUCUGAG